UCCGCUCCCGACGCGGCGCUCUCUGGGAACUGUAGUUUACGCUGCCUGCUUCUGGCGCAAUCUCCAAAGUGUUUCCUUCAAGUGUUGAACUACACUUCCCGAUUCGAGAGGUUCUUCUCACUCCCUUCUCACUGCGCUCUGCUCCGAUUGCAAAGUAGUCCCGGAGGAUGAGCCGCUGUGAUUGGAGGACGACGACAAGCGGAUGAUUUGGGGUCAGGAGGCAAGGACCUGCCUGAUGGCGCCCGGCAAUUGGCGGGAGAGAUUUCGUUUGUAACUCUAGGGUGGAGAGAAUGACCCCUUAGCGACAUCACCCCCCACGCGCGUGACUGAGACUUCGUCCUCCCGUGAGGGUAAACGUGGGAGGUAAAGAGACCUUCCGCUGCGUAAAGCUGGCUCGACCCGGAAACAAAAUCAUUUAAAAAACGAUUCACACUGUGGAAGGGCGGGGGAAUUGAUAAGUUGGGACGACCGGACAGCUUCUCAGGUUGCUAAGCGACGAUGCGGGAGCGCGCGCACACCCCGGACGCUUUGUAACACCUGAGGGAACUGUGGUGGCGGCGGCGGCGGCCUGGAGACCCAAGAGACCAAGUGAGCUUGUCCCUCCCUCUCGGGUCCAAGGACCUAGUCCAGGAACCUUCUGCCCGGGUAGUGUCUGGUGAUGAGGCGAGAGUUUUGCCGGGACGCCUACUCCGAAGCGGCCAGGAGUCGCGCUUCUUCCCCCUCCCGAGGCAGAUGGAGUCUCACUCUCAUCCAGGCUGGAAUUGCAGUGGCUCGAUCUCAGGACAGAGAUUCCUUCUGCCAUCAGAUGUCUUUCUGCUUGACUGAACUGCACCUGUGGUCUUUGAAGAAUACCUUACACAUUGCGGAUAGAAACAUUGGGAUUUACCAGUAUUAUGACAAGAAAGAUCCACCAGCGACAGAACAUGGUAACUUAGAAGAAAAGCAGAAGCUGGCAGAGUCACGAGAUUAUCCUUGGACGCUCAAAAACAGACGCCCAGAAAAACUCCGAGACUCACUCAAAGAGUUGGAGGAGCUGAUGCAAAACAGUCACUGUGUGCUGAGCAAAUGGAAGAACAAACAUGUCUGUCAGCUCCUCUUUGGUUCAGGUGUGCUGGUGUCUCUAAGCCUUUCUGGGCCGCAGCUGGAGAAAGUGGUGAUUGACAGAAGCCUGGUGGGGAAGCUCAUCUCAGACACCAUCAGUGAUGCUCUUCUCACAGACAGUUUUAUCAUCUUAUCAUUUUUGGCACAAAACAAGCUAUGUUUUAUUCAGUUUACCAAGAAGAUGGAUUCUUCUGAUGUAAACAAAAGACUGGAAAAACUCUCAGCCUUGGAUUUUAAGAUUUUCUAUUAUGAAAUACCUGGCCCAAUAAACAAGACAACAGAGCGACAUCUAGCUAUCAACUAUGUUCAUGAUAGAGUUGUUUGCUGGUGGCCAUUGGUCAAUGAUGAUGCUUGGCCUUGGGCCCCCAUUUCUUCUGAGAAGGACAGAGCCAAUCUACUCCUCCUGGGUUAUGCUCAAGGAAGACUAGAGGUUCUGAGUUCUGUCCGCACAGAAUGGGACCCACUGGAUGUUCACUUUGGCACCAAACAGCCUUAUCAGCUGUUCACAGUGGAGCACUCCAUCAGUGCAGACAAAGAGCCCAUGGCUGACAGCUGCAUCUAUGAAUGCAUUCGGAAUAAAAUCCAGUGUGUGUCAGUCACCAGAAUACCACUGAAAUCAAAGGCCAUCAGCUGCUGCAGGAAUGUUACUGAAGACAAACUGAUUCUGGGCUGUGAAGAUUCUUCACUAAUUCUGUAUGAAACUCACCGCAGAGUGACUCUCUUAGCACAGACUGAACUUUUGCCUUCAUUAAUAAGCUGCCACCCAAGUGGUGCCAUUCUACUAGCUGGCAGCAACCAAGGGGAGUUGCAAAUUUUUGAUAUGGCUCUAUCCCCUAUUAACAUCCAACUAUUGGCUGAAGACCGCUUACCCAGGGAGACUCUGCAAUUCAAUAAAUUAUUUGAUGCCUCCAGCAGUCUUGUUCAAAUGCAAUGGAUAGCUCCUCAGGUUGUUUCUCAGAAGGGUGAAGGUAGUGAUAUCUAUGAUCUCCUCUUCCUCAGGUUUGCAAGAGGACCUUUGGGUGUGCUGUUGUUUAAACUAGGUGUCUUCACUCAAGGACAGCUGGGCCUGGUAGACAUCAUCUUCCAGUACAUUCACUGUGAUGAGAUCUGUGAGGCAAUAAACAUCCUGAGCAGCAUGAACUGGGACACUCUGGGCCAUCAGUGCUUUAUCAGCAUGAGCGCCAUUGUAAACCAUCUUCUUAGACAGAAGCUCACUCCAGAGAGAGAAGCACAGCUUGAGGCAAGCCUUGGAACCUUCUAUGCUCCAACAAGACCACUUCUGGAUACCACUAUAUUGAAAUAUAGAGACCAAAUCAGCAAAUAUGCAAGGAGAUUCUUCCACCACUUGCUCAGGUACCAGAGAUUUGAAAAGGCAUUUCUCCUAGCUGUUGACAUUGGUGCUCGUGACCUCUUUAUGGAUAUUCAUUACCUUGCACUAGAUAAAGGUGAAUUGGCACUAGCUGAAGUGGCAAGAAAAAGAGCUAGUGACAUUGAUGCAGAAUCAAUAACCUCUGGAGUUGAAUUCCUGGGGCCUUUGGACAGAGGGGAUAUGCUAAAUGAAGCUUUUAUUGGCCUGUCUUUAGCACCUCAAGGGGAAGACUCAUUUCCAGAUAACCUCCCUCCCUCUGGCCCAACCCACAGACAUAUUGUACAACAAAGAAUACUGAAUGGCUCUUCUAACAGACAAAUAAUUGACAGAAGGAAUGAACUUGAAAAAGACAUCUGUUCUGGAUUUUUGAUGACUAAUACCUGUAAUGCAGAAGACGGAGAACUGAGAGAAGACUGCAGAGAACAGGAAAUCAGAGAUGGUGGUUCUCUCAGAAUGAUUCACUUUGGUUUGGUGUAAACAUUAAGAAAAAAAGAAACCCGCCUUCUUCAUAUCUAAACUUUUUCAUGGCCUGAUACAGACUUAAUAUCCCCCGUGUGGAUUUUUAACAAGAGACAGUAUGAAUUGUAUAAAUUAGUUAAGAGUUUUGAGUGUUUUCAAAAUAAAGUUUUAUUAUUUCAAAAACAUGCAGCAUAACAGCAAAGUGAUCCUAAGUAAAAGUCCUUAACCUACUUAUUUUCAAUAAUGUAAAAUUUUGAAAGUAUCUUAAAUUGUACAUUAAUUAGGUGCUACAAAAAUAGAAUAUUUAAACUUUGUUCUCCCAGGUACUUUAAAAAAGGGGCAGUAGGGGGCAGGCGUAGUGCUCACGUCUGUAGUCCCAGUGCUUUAGGAGGCCAAGGCUGGAGGAUCACUUGAGCCCAGGAGUUCAAGAAUAGCCUGUGCAACAUAGUGAAACGCUGUCUCUAGAAAAUGUUUUAAAAAUUAGCCAGGCAUGGUGGUACAUGCUUGUGAAGCUGAGGCAGGAGAACUGCUUGAGCCCAGGAGUUCAAGGCUACAGUGAGCCGUGAUCACGCCACUACACUCUAACCUGGGCAACAGACCUGUCUCCAAAAAAGAAAGAAAGAAAGAAAGAAAGUCCUCUUCUGGUCUUGUUUACAUUAUUAAUUUACAUUACAAAUACAGUACCUGUUAUGCAAAUUUUCAGCCCAGACCCAUUGUUAGAAGACAGUUCUCCAUGGUUCUCUCAAAUUACUGCUAUGAGUAAUUUGCCCUGACUGCCCCUUAGAAUGCAGAUACAGUUUCCCUCUGGAGAAAGGGGCAGGCAUGCUUAUCAACUAUUAUAUGAGAUUUGAGUUCUUUAAGCUCAGAAUACCUCUCCUUUACACUGCCCAUUGAGUGUGCAGGUGUCAUCUAGCCCUCUUAACAUUGCUCUAUAGGAAUAGGGCUCAGAGAAUCCAUGAAAAAAAAGAAAAGAAAAAAAUGCCUAUACCCUGGUUACUAUCAUUUGUCUCUGACUUAGGAGUCUCAUGUCUUCUAACAGCAUCCAUGAAACUAUAGUGUGGUAACUUGUUAGCUACUAAGUAGGGUAAAAUCUCAUACCCUUCACAGUUAUCGACACCCAUUCUUUAGCAGAUCACUGAUAUUUCACAAUUAUAGACACCUAUAGGCCAGGCGUGGUGGCUCAUGCCUGUAAUCCCAGCACUUUGGGAGGCCGAGGUGGGCUGAUCACGAGGUCAGGAGAUCGAGACUAUCCUAGACAACACAGUAAAACCCCGUCUCUACUAAAAAUAAAAAAUAAAAAAAUUAGCCAGGCAUGGCAGCAUGCACCUGUAGUCCCAACUACUUGGGAGGUUGAGGCAGAAUGGCAUGAACCCGGAGGGCAGAGGUUGCAGUGAGCCGAGAUCAUGCCACUACACUCCAGUCUGGGCAACACAGUGAGACUUAGUCUCAAAAAAAAAAAAAAAAAAUUUAUAGACAUUUAUAAUAAUCAACAUUGUUUAACAUUAGACAAUAAUUACAUUAUAUAAUUAAAUCUUCAAAGUUAAUCAGACUUAAGGCUUUUAUACUUCAAAUUUUUCUUUCUACUUCCCAUUUAUCUGUACCUCUUCCAGAGGAUAUGACAAAAAAAGGUGAAACUCAAAUUAGAUUUUUCAUUUUGUUAUUGCGCUGAAAAAAUUUUAAUAAUGCAUAACAUAUAAGCCAAACUGAGUUACCAGCAAAUUUUCAUUCUCCUAUUCCCAACCUUCUUUAUCACACAGAUAAUCAAAAGUUAACUAAUUUUUAGAGAAAAAAUUGUAUUUAAAAAAAUAGGGUGUUGUCGAGAUUGCAAAAUUUUCUCCAGAUUUUCUGAGUAAAUAGUCAUUAACCCAAAAUACCAUUCCUGUGAGCUAUUAAAGGUAAAAUAUGGAUACUGAUAUAUCUAUGUUGUUCUACAUAAUGAUAAUAAUAAUAAAUGUUUGUCAAUUAUCUAGGUGAAAAUUAAACAAAUCAUAGUUCUUAAAGUACCCAUUUUCCCCACUUCACAUACCUCUAGAAAAAUUAAAUGUACAGAAAACCAAGUUUAGAUAGUAAGAAUAUAUUAUGAAUGAUCUUUGAUAAUGUCCAUGAUUUAUAAGUGCUAUUAUUUCCCAGAUGUUGUAAAUCUGAGAAUGUUUAUUAAACAUUACAGUAAAUUGAGGUUCCUGCUUUGCUAGAACCUGAAAGGAUUAUGAAGGGGCUACCAUAGCUAUAAAGUAAGAAGAGUGGUAUAGGCAGGAACAGCUAGGUAGUAUCUCUCCUAGCACUGACAGGUUCACAGGUUGUCCUUCAGGAAGAGACCCAUGAGCUUUUUCAAUUAUUUUCCACAUUUCUCAGAUCUGAAGUAAUUUCCACAGUAAUUUAUAUUCACUAUCACAUUGUGUCUUAUUGCUAGAAUAAACUUUGUUUGGAAUGCUAA